AUGUGUCUUUGGAGAGGGAAGUCGGGAUACAAACCAAAAUUCACUACCAAGGAGACUUGGCUCAACUUAAGACCAACUAGUAUGCAGCAAGUGUGGACGCGAGGUGUCUGGUUUCCUAUGGCGACUCCGAGAUUUGCUUUCAUAGUGUGGUUGGCUAUGCAGAAUAGAUUAUCAACUAUGGAUAGAAUCUCUGUGUGGGAUAGGGGAGUGGAUACAACUUGUGUUCUAUGCAAAUUGGAAGCUGAAUCUCGCGACCAUUUGUUCUUUAAAUGUGUAUACUCUGCUCAGCUUUGGAAGUCACUAGUGAAAGGUAUGCUUGGUAAUACAUAUUCAGAAGACUGGGGUUUGAUUGUGCAGAAAGUUUCAAAUGGUGGUUGUGAUAAGAAGCUAUUGUUCUGCCUUAGAUAUGCUUUUCACGCAGCUGUCUAUGGCAUUUGGAGGGAGAGAAACAAAGUUAGGCAUGGAGAGAGUGUGUUGCCUGUGGAAACAAUCAUAAAGCUCACGGAUAAAAAAGUCAGAAACAAGCUUAGUCUUGUUAAAAUGAAGAGGAAGAAGGGCAUGGAAGAUAUAUUAAGCUAUUGGUUUCAAACAAGAAGUAGUUGA